AUGACCAAAGCCACCGACGCUGCAUUGACCUUAUACACCUUAGUAGCAAUUUACUUUGCUCUGUACGUUGGUAUUUUCCCACUUCCUCAAAAGGUCCAUGAUGAAAUUCUUCCAUACUUACCCUUCUGGGGGUUAGUUACAUUUGGUUCGUAUGCUUUGGCCACUUUAGGAUGGGGUAUAGUUACAUUUAAAGACAAGGAAGACAAGUAUAAGGAAUUGGUGGGACAAAUUGAUGAAGCCAAACAAUUUUACAAAUCCAAGGGAAUUGAAUUGGAUUAG